AUGAGCUCCCUCCACUCCAAACUCGACAAUCUCACCCAUCGUAUCUUCACCCUUGAAUAUGCAAAUCACCUUUGGAUUACUGCGUUUUACCUUGACGAUCCUGAAAUCCACUGUGAGCUCCAAGCUUUACAACCUCUCACCCUUCCCCGGGAUGUUGCCCUCGCCAAAUUACAGGAGGAUAAACUCAAUGACGCCAAACGCCACACUCGUCCCUAUUUUCACCACCCACAAAAUCCUAUCCCUGCCCUCCCUUUAUCCUUUGCACCACCAUUAUUACCUUCUCCCCACACCAUGCUAUAUGGUUCCAAAUUGGAUCUGAUAGAGAGGCGCAGCAUGGCGGGUCGUAGAGACGCAUUGCUUACUAGAGACAAAGGCCAAUCAUCCGUCGGAUCUCGAAUCCUCGCCGCCGUCGUCGUCGGCGUUCUCAUCGGCUGCGUCUUCGCUUUCAUCUCUCCCGACGGUCUCUUCACCGCCGCUCCCACUCCUCCUCUCAUUCGCCACCCCAAGAUGGUUUCAUCUGCAUGUGAAUCGCCAGAACAAGUUAAUGCGCUUAAAGUUGACAUUCUAUCAGCAAAAGAGAAAAAUUCCGAGCUGAAGAAGGAGGUGAAGGAUCUUAUGGAGAAGCUGCGUUUGGCUGAGCAAGGAAAAGGUCAUGCACAGGAACAGUUUCUUGUUCUCGGUGAGAGUCACAAGGCUGGGCCUUUUGGAACUGUCAAGGCUCUGAGAACCAAUCCACCUGUCAUUCCUGAUGAAUCCGUGAACCCCAGAUUGGCCAAGAUCUUGGGGGAAGUUGCUAUUUAUAAAGAGCUUAUUGUUGCUCUUGCUAACACUAACGUGAAGGAGAUGUUGCAGCUAUGGUUCACCAACAUCAAGAAGGUUGGCAUACCAAAUUAUUUGGUUGUUGCUUUAGAUGACAACAUUGAAGAGUUCUGCAAAUCCAAUGAUGUUCCUGUGUAUAGAAGAGAUCCUGAUCAAGGUGUUGAUGCAGUCGGUAAGAGCGGUGGUAACCAUGCUGUUUCGGGAUUGAAAUUUCGUAUUUUAAGAGAAUUUCUGCAACUGGGUUAUAGUGUUCUUCUAUCGGAUGUUGAUAUUGUGUACCUGCAGAACCCUUUUGACUAUCUGUAUAGGGAUUCAGAUGUGGAGUCUAUGUCGGAUGGUCACAAUAAUAUGACAGCUUACGGGUAUAAUGAUGUCUUUGAUGAACCCUCAAUGGGUUGGGCUCGGUAUGCUCAUACCAUGAGAAUAUGGGUUUAUAACUCUGGUUUCUUUUACAUAAGGCCUACGAUUCCCUCAAUUGAGCUCUUGGAUCGAGUUGCAAACCGGCUCUCCAAUGAACCAAAAUCGUGGGAUCAGGCAGUUUUUAAUGAGGAGCUCUUUUUCCCUUCUCAUCCUGGUUAUGAUGGACUUUAUGCUGCAAAAAGAACGAUGGAUAUGUACCUUUUUAUGAACAGUAAGGUUCUCUUUAAGACUGUCAGAAAAGAUGCUAAACUCAAGAAGCUGAAACCUGUGAUUGUACAUGUUAAUUACCAUCCUAAUAAGUUUGACAGGAUGAAGGCAAUAGUUGAAUUAUAUGCCAAUGGGAAACAGGAUGCGCUGGAUCAUUUCCCAGAUGGUUCUGAUUAA